UACUCCUGCAAUGUGGCCUUCAUUACUUCGUAAAGCCAAAGCAGGUGGAAUAAACGUUAUCCAAACUUAUGUCUUUUGGAAUUUACAUGAACCGGUACGCGGAACUUAUGAUUUUGCUACAGAUUCGGCCAAUUUACCUUAUUUUAUUCAACUAUGUAAAGAGCUUGAUCUAUAUGUAUCUUUACGAAUUGGUCCUUACGUCUGUGCUGAAUGGAAUUUUGGUGGGUUUCCUGUUUGGCUGAAACAUUUACCAGGUGUAGAAUUACGUACAUAUAAUGAAAUUUAUUUACAAGAAAUGAAACGAUUUGUUAGUAAAGUUGUUGAUGUUGUACAUCCUUACUUUCCUGACAAAGCCGGUCCAAUUAUCUUAUUACAAAUUGAAAAUGAAUAUGGUAACAUAGGUCAUGUUUAUGGUGAAGAUGGCAUAAAGUAUGCUGAAGAAUGUGGUCGUUUCGUAAAUGAUAUGAAUCUUUCAGCAUUAUGGUUUAUGUGUCGUCAAUAUAGUCAUGUUCCAGGUAUAAUUCAUACUGUGAAUGAUUACUAUUGUCAUCAAUAUUUUGAGAAUAUUCGCAAAGAAUUUCCUUCUGCUCCAAUGAUGUGGACUGAAGAUUGGCCUGGUUGGCCACAAGAAUUCGGUGAAGCUAAACCAACUCGUCCUGCUCAAGAUGUAACUUAUGCUGUGGCAUAUUGGUUUGCUAAAGGUGGUUGUUAUCAUGCAUAUUACAUGUAUCAUGGUGGCACGACUUUUGGCCGUUGGGGUGGUGGCCCACGUCAUACAACAUCUUACGACUAUGAUACUAUGUUGGAUGAAUAUGGAUUAGAACAUUAUCCUAAAUAUCAUCAUACUAAACGAUUGCAUGACAUUCUUUUUAAAUUUGAAGAUAUAUUAAUGAGAAAUCCUAUUCCUACUGCAAAGUUAUUGGAUGAGAAAGUGGAAGCAUAUGUUUAUGGAAAUAUUAAUUUUACAAAAUCGCUUAUUUUCUUGUGUAAUGCUAAUGAAAAAUGUGCAAAACAAAUAGAAUUUUGCAAUGUUUUAUGGGAUCUUCCUAAAUGGUCAAUUAGUAUAAUACUGGGUGACGAUUGUUCGUUCACACUUUUGAUGAAUACAGCAAUCAUUGAACCGCCAAAAGAGUCUCCUGAUCGUUUAGUUUUUAAACCACUUCCUGCAAGUGUUAUUGAUUUUGAAUC